AUGUCGGAUGGAUGCUUGUUUGACGCUUCCGAUUACUCCAACAGUGAUAGUUUCUCAGACAAAAGUUUGAGUUUUUGGACUGGGAAACAGGAAAAAAGUUUAAAAAGAGAUGAUGAAGCAGACGACAGGGAAGUUUCCUACGAACCUGAUCCGGGUUUGACCCCUGUCUGUUUGAAUAUGCACAUGGAAUGUAGUAUCGGCCAUUAUGAUUGUGUCAGGGAGAUUGUGAAAAGACAAAACGUCCUAAUUGACGAAAAGAACAAAGGCGGCUGGACCCCUCUGAUGUAUGCCUCAUAUACAGGCCAUGACAAAAUAGUGAAUCUUUUAUUGGAAGCUGGAGCCUGUGUGAAUGCCACAAACGAUAAACAGAUGACGCCACUGAUGUUGGCUGCCAGCUGUGGGAAUGAUGAAAUUGUUUGCAUGCUUGUUGAGCAAAGAGCAGACAUAGAUGGUGUGGAUGGCAAAGGAUGGACAGCCUUGUAUCACGCAACUUACUCAGGCCAUCAAAAUGUCGUCAAGUGCCUUCUGCAACUGGGGGCUGAUCCUGAAAUUAGGCAGUUAUUAUUCAUGCGGUGCAGCGAGCCAGUCAACGGCAUGACCCCAUUUAUGGAGGCGGCGAAUGCAGGUCACGAAGUCAUCAUCCAAUACUUCAUUCAGAAAGGCGUGGAUGUUCGGCGCAAGAACAAGCACAAACAUUCGGCCUUGACCUUAGCCAUGUUCAGAGGUCAUUCCAAUAUCGUGUCCAUGAUUAAUGAACAUAUAAGAUCCAUUCAAAGAAGAGCUGAAGAUUUGGCCAAUGUACAAGGGCCUAGAGCAAUAAACACAAGCACCCUACUAGAAGGUCCAGAGGAGAUGAAGAAAUUGAUGCUGAAAAUGCAGCAGCAACAACAACAACAUACAAUUAACACCCAGAAUACAAAAGUCAAACACACCCAAAUGGUUCAACCGCAACGAAACCAGUAUCAAACACCUGCAACAAAACCGAGCCAGCUGACAUUAAUUCAACAACAACAUCAACAACAGCAACAUCAUCAUCAACAUUUUAACUCACCAUCACCACAACAACAACAUUUCCACCACAACCAACCACAACAACAACACACCACAAACUCGCCUCUUGAUCUGCAUCAGUUGCUGGUGGGGCUAGGCCUCAACAAGUACAUCCCUAUUUUUGACGAGCAAGAUGUCGAUUUGACGGUUUUCCUCUCUCUCACUGAUAGCGAUUUGAAAGAGAUUGGAAUUAACCUUCUAGGUCCUCGAAAGAAAAUGUUGGUAGCCAUCAAUCGCUGGCACAGUAACCACAACAGCCACAACCACGCCUCUCUAACAACCUCACCAACGACGGCUGCCGUGCGCCCGAUCAUAGCAGCGACAGCAGCAGCGACAACUGCUGCCAACAUCAACAACAACAAUUCUCAAAACAUCAACAUCAACAACAACAACAACAACAAUAAUUCUCAAAACAUCAACAUCAACAACGACAUUUCUCAAAACAUCAACAACAACAAUUCUCAAAACAACAACAACAUCAGCCAACAUUAUGUUGAUCUCAGAGAGAGAGAACUUCAGGCCAUCAUUCGUGACCUACACCAGGAAUCUUUGAACCUAAUCGAGCAAAAGAUCGAGACGUUUAAAAUUGAAAAAGAUUCUAUAUCUUCGAAAUUAAAAUGGGUCUUGAGAUCCGCUCUGAACUUCGCAAGUGAUGGAGAAGUAGUCAGAGAAGGAGGUAGAGAGUUCCAGAGAAAAGGGCCAGAAAAAGCAAAAGCAGAUUUGGCAAAAGAGGCGUGGCCGUCCAGCGACGAAGAGCUCAAAUUAUGGAAAACUGAUGACGUUUCGAAGUUGAGGGGCUGUUUCGAGAGUUUGCAGGCGUGCUUCGAUCACCUGGCCAAUGACGUCAUCGUCAUCCUGAAUAAUAAGAAUAAUAUUAUUUAAUAAUAAUAAUAAUUAAUUAUAAUAAUUAAUAAUAAUUUAGUAAUAAUAAUUAAUAAUAACUAAUUUUGGAAAUCUUUUAUCUUUUCAGUAGUAAAAUAAACGUACAAUGAAAUGAAAUGAAAAUAAGAUGAAAUAAAAAGAGUAAAAAUAAUAAUAAUAACAAUUAAUAAUAAUAAUAAUUGUAACUAUAAUUGAGAGAUUUUUCAACUUAGCAUAUUUUACUUUCAGAAAAUUAUUUUGAA